UUUUUUUACUAGCAGAAAUAGAAAAAAAAAAUAAGAUAUCUCAUCUUUUUUUGGAUAUAUGUUAAAAGAUCAAAUUUAUUUGAUUUAAUAUUUAAAUACCUGAAGUUUUUCAAUUUUUUACACUUUGUCCUUAGUACUAAAGUUCCUUUGGUUCGAUAUCUUUAACCAUAUUUUUUUAUUCAGCCAAGUACUAAGACCAUUAAUGCUUGUGUUGCCGGUCUUCCUUUCAUAGUUUUCAUUCACUUGUAUCUUAUAUCUUUUUAUUCAAGAAUUUACAAGUGACUUUACGCGUUAUAUUAUCAUGAAGUUCGGAAAACAGAUCCUUAAUCAACAAACUACAGAAUGGGCCGCUCAUUAUAUUAAUUAUAAAGCUUUAAAAAAGAUUAUCAAUAGUCUUCAAAAUGCGCAACAUAACGAACGAUCGUUACCUCCAACCCCUGUUACAUUUGGAUCUUUACGAGAUCACUCACAACCUGAUGAUUUUCAGAUUUUUAAACAACAACAAAAAACUGCCUUUUUCUUCAAACUUGAGAGGGAGCUUGAAAAAGUGAAUACCUUCUAUCUUCAAAAAGAAGCUGAAUUCAAGGUCAGAUUACGCACUUUGAACGAUAAGAAAAAAAUUUUGCUUGGUAAUGAACGAAGAUUAGCUCGUUCGGCGUCUCUUGUAACAUUAACAGAAGCAUUCCAGAAAUUCCAACAAGAUUUAAGUAAAUUGCAGCAAUUUAUUGAGAUCAAUGCUACAGGUUUUCGUAAAAUUUUAAAAAAAUGGGAUAAACGUUCCAGAACUAAUACCAAGGAACUUUAUCUUACGCGACAAGUUGAGAUCCAACCAUGUUUUAACAGAGACAUUAUUGCUUAUCUUUCGGACAAUGUUGAAAACAAUUUGUUGGAUCUUCAAGAUAAAAACAUCAAGUUGUCCGCUACUCCACCGUCAUCACCGGAUCGAAAACAUUCGGUUGGGGAAUUAGAGGAACCUGAUAUUAUGGAUGAUAUUGAAAUAGAACUUUUCAAAGCUGUCACAAUAGGUACUCCUACAACAGUGCAUGAAAUACUAGAAAGGAUCCGGCAACACCAAGGCGAAGAGGACCAUGAUAUCAUUUCACGUGUCUUUUGGCGAGCAUGUUCAGAGAAGAGUUCUUCAGUCGAAUCUAUUGAAUAUUUGAUUAAUACAAAUAAAAUUAACUUUAAAUAUAUGGAUGAUAUUAGUGAACGAACGUGUUUACAUGAAGCUGCUAUUGUGGGGAAACUACCUCUUAUGAAACUUUGCGUUGAGCGUGGUGUCAGGGUAGACUGUACUGAUAUUUAUGGUAGAAAACCGUUACAUUAUGUUUGUAUGUACGGUCAUAGUGAGGCAGCUACAUAUCUAUUGUCUAAGGGCGCAGAUUGUAAAAGUUGUGAUCAUGAUGGUUAUAACCCAUUAAUAUAUGCCGUAACGAUUGGACAUACCAAGUGUGUCGAGAUCUUACUUGAAAAUGGGGCUCAAAUCGAACCACUUGAGGAAGGAGACCAUAAUCACAUACCUUUAUCGUUAGCAUGUCAAUAUGGUCAUAAAGAUAUUGCUUUAUUAUUACUUGAUAAAGGAGCAAAAAUUAUUCCUGAUGCAGAAGGUAUAACUCCUUUGCACUUGACCGCUCGUCAGGGUCAUCAUGAAUUAUUAAAAGUUUUGACAGAUCAUUGUACUUGUACUUCUUUGGAUACACCUGAUAAAUAUAAAGGCUGGACCCCUAUUUUUUAUGCUGCUAGUGAAGGCCACAUAGAAUGUGUAAAUGUUUUAACACAGGCAGGAUGCAAAGUAAAUAUAACUGAUGAUGCAAGACAUUCUCCAAUUUAUUAUGCUGCCUGGGAAGGCCACAUAAAAUGUAUCGAUAAAUUAUUACAAUUGGCAGGUGGAUUUGUAGAGACUACUGAGUCGAUUAUGAAUGAACAAAUGAUGGUAGUUGAAAAUGGGCAAAUCGAUGAACAAAACGAUAUAGAUCUGGAUAACAAUAUUAAUAAUAUACCAUCUCUAAAAUUACCGCCUCCAAUAUUACCUUUUCGAAUUUAUGGACAUAGUUAUUUAGAUAAAAAAUACCAUAUCCAAAUUACUCUUGGACAUCCUUCAUCCAAAGUGCCAAGACCUCCUAUACAUUUAUAUGGUAACAGUGAAAUUUCGUCUUUGAAGCUCGUCAUGUCUUCAAAGCCGGAUACGGGUAUAAUUCCACAUAGCAUAAUUUUACCAUUAGGUGAUGAUCGAGAGACGUUUUCUUUUCAAGUAGAUACUCUUAGAUCUUUUUCAUUGGAAUUUGAUAUUUUCCCUACUUUCGGUUCCAGAGUUAUUGGUAGAGGUGUAGCCUUACCUCACGUAUUUGAUAUUACAAAUGAUCACGAAAGAAGAAAUAAUUUAGUAACCGGUGGUACAGGAGGAAAAAUUAUAUCUCCCUUGUUUGACACACAUUUAAAAGUCGUCGGUGAAUUAGCAUUUGAAUUUGCAAUUGUUAAGCCGUUCCAAGGCGUUCAGCUUGAAAUUGGUGGUCAAGUAGAAACUUAUUGGAAAUCUACCAAUCCUGUUACUCUUCCUAAUUCUGAACAGCAGCCAUUAAGUCUCAAUGAAAUAAAUGGAAUUAUUCCGUCUUUUAUAACGGCUUCUUCUCUUUCAGGAAAAUAUAUUCAAAUUGUAGUUCAAGUGACAAGAGACAUGGUCGCUGUCGUAUAUUCAGAAUGGAUGUUACCCGUAGAAGAAUUCGAUUUAUGCGUAUCCGAUGUUACUUUCAAACAAUUUAGGUCCCUAGGAAAACAACAAGAAAAUACCGAUUUUAACAAUAUUGCUAAUUUAUCAGAAUUACAAAAGUUAAUUCACAAAUCUUACCUUUCAUUAGAAGAAGUACUCAAGGCAAUACCUCCAUCAAUUGGUGUUAAUCUUGAAAUAAAAUAUCCGACAGCAUACGAAAUGUCCCGAUUUUGUUUUUCCGAUAUACCCGAUAUUAGCAGUUACGUAGAUACUAUUCUACAAACUGUUUACGAUAAUGCGCAAAGCCAUACAACAAAUGAUGGCUCCGAAAUAUUAAAUCACAAAUCAAACAAUCGUUCAGUCAUGUUUUCAUCGUUUAACCCGGCAAUUUGCACCGCUUUGAAUUGGAAACAACCAAAUUAUGCGGUGUUUUUUAAUUCUUAUUGUGGCUUCGAAAACGAAGAAAUUACUCGUGGUAAAAAACGUAAAGGGCGUGAGGAUAACGGAACGUACGAAGACGUUGAAAAAGACAAACGCUGUACUUCAAUUAAAGAAGCGGUUAAAUUCGCAAAAAGCAAUAACCUUUUGGGGGUAAUUUUCGACGCGACAUUAUUAGUAAAAGUACCGUCACUAAUAACGAACGUAAAACAAUCCGGAUUAGUAUUAACCACAUUUGGUGCAGCUAAUAACGACAAUCGUAACAUAAUAUUACAAGACAAAUAUAAAGUUGACGCGAAGGUUAUUGAUGGUGUCAUUGAAUACAAAAGCGGAUUUGAUGCAUAUUGAAGAAAAAAAAAAAAAAUAAUAAUAAUAAUAAUAAUAAUAAUACUUUCAAAUCAUAAAGAAUCAGGUUCAUUUAAAGAAAUUAUUUAUUCAUUAUACACAUUUAUUUAUAAUACUAAGAACUAUAAGCCGUUUUUCCCUCAAUUCUCAAAAGUCUCAACCUUGUUCAAUCAAUAAUCAGUAUAAUCAGUAUGUACAAACCUAUGUAGAUGUAUAAUAUAAAAACAUAAAAACUCAAUAAACUAACAAUUAACAAAUCAAUUUGUUGUGUCAUGUGAUUCAGUGAAAAUUACC